GGACGCUGCUGAUUUUGGAGGAGCACGGCGUGCUGGGUACGCUUUGGACUUGUGUAAACUUUUCUCCCUCAUUGAGUCACCGAACAUUUGAAAUGCCUUCGCUUAAUUUGACAGCUGUGCACACAAUGGCAGAGGUCGGGAGUUUUUUGGGGACACUCGACUUGGAUUUACAAAGCUUUCCUGCACUCGGGAAUAUGCCCUUACCGGAGUCUCCAGUGGGCUUGAAUGAGCGCCUUGGGCAGAUUGAAGGGAGGCUGCAGCGGGGGUCGCCGACGGAUUUCGGGCACCUCAAAGGGAUCCUGAGGCGGCGGCAACUCUACUGCAGGACCGGCUUUCAGCUGGAGAUAAUCCCCAAUGGGACUGUGCAUGGGACAAGACAGGAUCACAGCAGAUUUGGUAUCCUGGAGUUCAUCAGUCUGGCAGUGAGUCUGGUCAGCAUCAGAGGGGUAGACGCUGGACUGUACCUCGGCAUGAAUGAGAAAGGAGAGCUCUAUGGGUCGAAGAAGCUGACAGCAGAAUGUGUGUUCAGGGAGCAGUUUGAGGAGAACUGGUACAACACCUACGCUUCAACUCUGUACAAGCACACAGACACAGGACGCUUCUACUACGUUGCCUUAAACAAAGACGGCUCGCCCAGGGAGGGCAACAGGACUAAAAAACACCAGAAACUCACCCACUUCUUACCCAGGCCGGUGGAGAUUGAAAAGAUCCCUCAGGCGUACAGGGACUUAUUCCAGUACAGGUGACCAGUGCUUACACUUGGAGAACUGGUUACAUCCGGAGGAAUAGACAUAGAACAAGAGAGAGGGGGUGUUGUGGAUAUUUUGGACCUGGUACAGAACUGUUUACCCUCAGCUCCCCCUGAGGUCACUGUGUUUGUGCCUUGGCCCACUGCCAAGCACUGACAUAAACAGUGUGCAUGUUCCCUGGAUGUCGGCGGGAAAGUUAUCUUGUAAAACCACUGCAUGGACGUGGACGGAGAAGGCCUGCAUGACCGCCCAGCUGUGGGGUGAUCCAAUCAGGUGCCGUGUUUUCGCAAUAACCACUUUUUAGAGAUAAAUGCGUAGAUACUGAAAUGAAUGGUUGACUAUGAGAAGACAUUCAGGAGCUCAAAACGACGGGAAGCACUGCAGAUGUCACAUUGUGCAUUUGUCUCGCACUAUGCACAGUUAAAUGUAAGAAAGGGAACAUUCCACGUACACAGGGAUCGGAGAAGAGGAAACUAUGUGUUCCACGCAUGUGACGCAAGUGACAGGUUGGGGAUAGUCAGGUACUAAAGAAGAAGAAUGUCUGCGAGGCAGAGAUCAAACUGUUAAAAGGCGAACUGAAGUUUUAUUAAGUCAUCUUCCAAAUCAAAUAUGAAAGAGGGGAAUACAAUCUCUAAGAUGAAUGUGUGAUAGAUGAAAGAGCACUUACUGCACAUCCCCUCAGUCCCAGCUGUAGGCUCACUUACUCUCCCAUUUAAUCAUUUGAUUCUAAUGAUCUCAUUCAUCACAUUUAAAUAAAAUAUCAAGCAGCGUCUUGUAGGAAUUGUAUGCAAAACAAGUGAUUAAGCUCGGGACAAAAGCACUUCUCUGACUGUGGUUGUAAAGAAUUGUGAUGGGCUUUUGUUUUGGUUUUUUUAAGGAUGGUGACUUGUAAUGUUCAAAGUGUCAGGAACAUUACUAAAAAUGCAAGCA